CAGCUCAUAGAGAGGGGCUGAUCUCUCUAAAGAGUUUGUUAAAUUAGCUUUUCCUCCUGCAUUAUUUCUUACUACACUCUUUUAUUUAAAAAAAACAACAACAAAUGAGUGAUGCGAUCUGCCCUGUCCCUUUUCUCUUGAGGGCCAGAGCGAGAAGAGCCACAAACAGUUUCCUGCAUGAAAAGAAAAGCCACUAGAUUCCGCCCAAUGCAUACAUGGCUGUAAAAGAGGAAACAGAUUUGCAGAAUUGCAUAAUCCUAAACUGUCGUCAGGGAGGAGGGGCCAAACUGGGAGAGAGACAAACAGAGGGACUUUCUCGAAAGUUUACUAUGAUACUUGGUAGGUCUCUCGGACAAGAGAAGGGCUCAAGGACAGAAAGAGCUUGGCAGGGGAUCAGAUAUGGAGGUAGUGGAGAAGGUCCUGAGUGUGGCUCACAUCAUCUACGCCCAGUGCGAACAAGUGAAGUGCUGUAAGCACCAGUGCCGCCGUCUAGUGUACCGCAUUCACAUCCUGCUGAGGCCUGUGGAGGUCCUCAGGGCACAGCCUCCAAAACAAAUCUCCUCCCAGGUAGAAGAGACGCUGCAGCAGCUGCUGGAGACCUUGGAGAAGGCCCAGGAGCUGGUGAAGAAGUACAGCCAGACGAACUGGCUGCAGAAGUUCCUGAAAGCCAGUGAUGUCGUGGAGGGGUUUGCACGGGUGAACGAGCGCCUUGGGGAUGCCGCUCAAGGGCUCUCGCUCCUGCUGCAGGCUGAGCAUAAACAGUCAUUCCUCGAGACCUUUCAGCGAGACACCUGCAGCAGGGAGGACAGCCAGGACACCAAGGAUGACAAAGCCCACUGGGAGGAGCUGCUCACAAGAAGUACGGAAACCAAAGAUGCAGUGGAUAACAUCCAUAAAGACGUCAGACAUGUGGGAUCAAAGGUGGAGGAUGUGGGAAGCAGGGUGGAAGAAGUUCGCCAAAUGGUGCAAAAGUGUAAGUUAGCAUCAGGCCUCUCUCCCCUUGGGCAUACCCCUCCCAGGGUAAGGGUGGGCUGUGAACUGCUGACACUGAAUAGUCAUCCUCCAGGCUCAGGGACAGCAAGUUCACUGGAGGGAUUUGCAGUCCUGAUGGAUCGGCUUAAGAAUAGGUGGAGUACUUGGUGCCUCCGUGGACACCUUCCAACCUCAGCUGUGCUCCCCAUGCUGGAUGGCUCCUUAUUUACCUUGUCAAGCCUGCAAAACCCCACACAACAUCCAUCCAAGGUCCUCAUCCUCCCCACAGCAGAAGCCUUCCCCAGUGUGAUUACCUUAUCAUUAAAGGCUAGAUCUCUCCACUGCGACAAAGCAUCUCUGUGCUGCUUUUGCAUCCCUCCCCCCACACCCCUUCCAGGAGGGCAGGGCUGAAUCACCUUCAAGGAGUUUCAGUACUGCUCUGUGCUGGCCACCCUAAGUCAUCAAUGAUGUGUGGUUCAGUCUGCUCCUUUAUGUCUUGUCAGCAUUAAGAGCCAGACACAAGCGGACUCAGC